CUGGCGCGCGCCAUAUCCCUGCACUGCGAGCGAGCGAGGGAGCUGGCUGGCUGCAGAAACAUCCUCGCGAUCCUUCCUCCCGCAGACCUCGAGCAGAUAAAGACAAGGGCCGGACACAGCGGACGCAAGCUCCUCUUGCAAUCAAACCGACCGCGAUGGGCGUGGCGACAUCACAGAAUUCCGCGCCGGAGUCGCCCGAUGACAGUGGCAUGGAGGGUAGUUGGCAAAACUGGGACAUCCCUUGCCCCAGCCCGAUGGAGCUGUGGCCCAACGGGAGCGAUAUGCCCUGGGGUGCUUUCAACGGAACGAACAUCACGUGUAACGGCACGGAGGGCUACUCCACGUCGCCCAUCGUGGUGAGCAUCAUCACGGCGCUCUACGCCGUCGUGUGCGUCGUGGGCCUCAUCGGAAACAUCCUGGUCAUGUACGUCAUAUUGCGCUACACGAAGAUGAAGACGGCCACAAACAUCUACAUUUUUAACCUGGCGCUGGCCGACGCUCUGGCGACGAGCACGCUGCCGUUCCAGAGCGCCGACUACAUGCUGGGCAGGUGGCCAUUCGGGCCCGUCCUCUGCAAGGUGGUGAUGUCCAUCGACUACUACAACAUGUUCACCAGCAUCUUCACGCUCACCAUGAUGAGCGUCGACCGCUACAUCGCUGUGUGCCACCCGGUCAAGGCCCUCGACUUCCGCACGCCCACCAAGGCCAAGUUGAUCAACGUCGCCAUCUGGCUGCUCUCCUCCAUCAUCGGCGUUCCCAUCAUGAUUAUGGGCACCAUCAAGCCUGACCAAUUUGGCUACAUGGAGUGCCUGGUGGUGUUCCCGCCGCCGUCCUGGUUCUGGGAAACCCUGCUGAAGAUCUGCGUGUUCAUCUUCGCCUUCAUCAUGCCCGUCGUGAUCAUCACCAUCUGCUACGGCCUCAUGAUUCUGCGCUUGCGUACCGUGCGCCUCUUCUCGGGCUCCAAGGAGAAGGACCGCAACCUCCGGCGCAUCACGCGCAUGGUCCUGGUGGUGGUGGCGGUCUUCAUCGUGUGCUGGACGCCCAUCCACCUGUUCGUCAUCGCCAAGGCGCUCAUGACCAUCCAGGAGACACCGUUCGUGGCGGCCGCGUGGUACUCGUGCGUGGCGCUCGGCUACACCAACAGCUGCCUCAACCCCGUGCUCUACGCCUUCCUGGACGAGAACUUCAAGCGCUGCUUCAAGGAGUUCUGCUUCCCAGCCGGCGGCGGCGGCGGGGGCAGCGGCGGUGGCAGCGGCGGGCGCCGCGACCGCGCCACGUCGUCCUCGUACCACCGCGCGGCGCGCGCCGGCGGCCACAACAACAACCACGCCGGGGGGGGCAGCGGUGGCAGCAGCGGCGGCGGCGUCGGAUUCUGCGGAGCGGUCACCCAGGCGGGGCUGCUCUCGCCGACGCUCUUCGCCGAGCAGACCACCGCCGUCACCGGCAUGGAGCGCACGUCGUCGCACCCGCCCGCAUGACUAGACGUGGAGCUGUCGCCGUUGUCCUCGCCGCCGCCGGGGAUGAGGGACGACGCCACGUCCUAGCUGAGGCUCACCACGGGGCUCGGACGAAGGCUGCCUCCUUCUCUCUAAACCGCUGAGAUCACCACGACCACCCCCGCCGUGGCUAUUUGCUAUUUUCCCCCAACGCGCGCCCCCCCACUCCCCUACAUUUUCACGUCCCACACCCACCAUAGCCCGUGGUGGUGGCGGUGGUGGUUGAAGUGCGGCGUGAUCUCGCCUGACCUUGAGGAAGGGAAGCUUCGAGUGAAGGCGGCUGCAAGAAGGUUUUGUGUGCAAAGAGGGUAUCAGCGUCGCUCGCGAAAGAUGGGUCCUUACGAGGGUGCAGACGGUGGGCGCUGCUUUUGAGGUUUACAGCGCGGCUCUGCCGGUGGAGUGCUACUGGAGAGAGCGCGAGACCGCCAGAGCCCCCCCCCCCCCCCCCCCCCCAUUGUGCUUGUGAUUUUAUGCAAAAGAAACUUAAGCAAAUUUCACACGCACACAUCAAGAGAACUUGUGCAAGGCAAGAGAUACAAAGACGGGUGCACUCCAUUUAGGUUGUGUUUAUCCACGAGGGAAUGUAUUUGAAUUUGACGUCUAAUUUCAUUGUAGAUGAUGGUAGGAAUCAGACGUGUUCAUUGGACAGAUGCUUGUUUUAAAUGAAGGUUUCCAUCUUGCGCUUGCAACAAAAUACAACUGGAAUAUUGUAGAUAUUAACAUUUUAACCUAACGUUAUUUACUGUAAAUAUAUUUAAAACAAUUGUCCCAGGAGGCUUCGUGAAAUGGUUACACGAUUGUUAAUACUGAUCGAUUCUGCAGGCUAUGGCAUGCAGGAAUUUAUUUCUGUUAAGAGUCAGUUUUAACAACAAGCUGUGUGCUCACAUUCUGAUAAUCGGAUCGCAUCUGUAUCAUAAUACUUUGCACUUUCCAUGCUGACAGAACUGUCAGUUUUAGUUGCUGAGUGGACCAGGAUAAAAGAUGAAAGAAAUCAAAAUAUUCUCUAUUUGCAAAAAUUGUUUGAAUUUGCAUCGUGUUUAUACAAGGCCGAGCAAAUGAUUGCUGUCACCAAGCUGAAAAAACUGUAUAUACCUGUUACGAUCAGAUAGUUUCGUGAACAUAUAAAAUAUUCACAUUGAAAAAAUAUAUUUAAAGCAGUUAUAUUUUGCAAGUGUGUACCAGUGGCAGAAAUACCAAGUUGUUUAUUUUGUAAUAUUUAUGUACAUUUAUGACAAAGUUAGUGGAUAGAUAGAUAAAUAAAAAAAACAACAACAACAACAAACAUACCAGCAGUUUUUUUUUAAUAAGACUUAGUGCUGGGUUCCCAAAAAAAAAGAAACACAUGGUGCAAUAACAUUUAUUUUCAACUGUGGGAUAGCGACGUGAAAUAUUUUCCUCGUCGUCUUUCCGAUGACGAGCUCGUAUUCGACACUUGGUUUUGAAAGCGUGUCUCCAAUCACAUUGCGCAGGCGGAGAUGAGACGGACGCACGUGGAGGGACGACAACGCCGCUCCCACGUCGCUCGCCCUUAAACCGCACACUCGCAAAGUGUCAACGGGGCAAAACGUGUUUUUUUUAAACGACAUUUUAAAGUAGCCGCGAUACAAGUGCUGUUGCAGAACAGAGGCUCGAUCGGAGAAAGGUGAAGAGGGGGGGGGACGCUUGAGCCCUCGAAAAAAAACUUAGCGCGCAGAAGCAGCAGCAGCAGCAAAAGAAAACCCCAACUCGUCGCAACGUCGACGCCGCUCAUGUACAUCACGUGUUUUAUCUUUCUGUGGAGAACGGCAACCCCCCCCCCGCCCCUACAAGUUGGAAGUGUGAAGAGCUACCACCACAUUCAUUUCCAAGUUUGUACAGCUUUAGUCUGGGGGUUCUUUGCCCCCCCACCCCCAUCCCCCUGCCCUUAGGGCACAAGCCUAGUUUUUGUUGCCCUUCUCCAGCACCUCCGAUUAGCCACGGUUGGCUACGUACGGUGCGAAAGAAGUUCAACACACACACACGCGGAACAUACAAUCCGAAACGUUGGGGAGCGUUUUCCACCCGGCGAAUCGCAAGGCACACACACAGACACCCGGUAGACGACGCAACGCACACACACACACACCAGACGGACGACGCAACGCACACACACACUUGGCGGACGACGCAACGUACACACACACCCGGCAGACGACGCAACACACACACACACCUUUCGGACGACGCGCUGUCUGUGAGCGUACCGCGUCGCUGCCAACUCACUGCCCGCCUGUGCGCGCACGUCAUUCGCGGCUCCUGCCAAUAAAUGAUAUUGACCAACAAAAAAUGUCACAACAAGAAAGAAACCUCAACACAGACCAAUGCUUCGGUGAAGUCGGAAUCGCCUCCGCAGUUCGCUGGCUGUGGCGGAGAGCGCCCGUGCAGCAGCCCUGCUUGCGACUCACUCGCGCAACACUUGAUGAGACUUGAGGUUUCUGAGCGAUCUGGGGUUUUUGUUGCGGAUUAAGUGGCUCGCUGCAAGAUUCUCUCUCCCUUCCCUCUCUCCCUCUCUCUGGGAGAGCUUUCGACGGGGAGGGUCGGGGUCAGGCCCCCAUCGGAGGGAGGUCACGAUAUGGGACGGGGGGAUGGCUCUGCAAAAAAACGCAGGCUGUGUAUGUGUUCGUUGUUGAAAAACUAACAUAUAUAUACGUACGUACGCAUAUAUAACAUACAUUUUAAUAUAUUAGUAUGGAAACGUGUGUACAGUUGUUGUAGUGGAUGUGUUGCUCUUUCAAGGUGGAUAAUUACUGUGUCAUACUGGACUGCAGUCAUCUUAAAACCAUGCUCGCGUGUGCUAAGGUGUGAACGUGCCCACGGGCAGUGAUUCCCGGUGACAAGAACAACAUCGACAAAGUACCGAAUUAUAAUAACCCAUUAAAGAUAUUAGAGAGGAUACCUUAAUACUGGUACAUUCCUGUGAACAUCCCAAUCUCAAUAUCAACAUAUUCUUGAGAUAAAAAACAUUAACAAAGCACUCAAUUAAAUGAUGAAUACUGACACGCGAAACGCCCUUUUUUAAACCUUCAUUUGAGUUACAUUAUUUCUCAAACAUCAGAAUUUAAGAUAUCCGUGUGAUACGUCCAACAUUGCACAGGUUUCAUAUGUGGUAUCAAUAUAUUACAAGUGCGAAUGUAUUUAAAAAAAAAAUCUGAAAGCAAGUAGUCCGAACGUUUAUUCCUAAACACUGGAUGUGUCCACUGCUUAUGACGAUUUAAGUGCUGUAGUCUUUUACCAGCUUUUGUGAGUUUUGGUGUAAUUUUUGCGAAUGCCACAGACGAGCCGUGCUUUAAUAAGUGACACUGCACGUUUAAAGCCACACUCUGCUCAGUGGUUUCAAAUAUCCUCGUUUUAGCAGCUGUCAAUAGCUCGGUAACAGUGGUGCAGGAAUACUUCGCCUACCCAUGCACUCACGUCAAGGUGUCACGUUAUAAUCCAAAAUGCCACGCAUCUGACGGGCAUGUUCUAUUCCCGCUAGCGAUUCGAUUAAAAUGUCACAAAUUGAGAUGAUUCGAUUCAGCAAUCCAUUUUUUCCCGUCUAGUUUAUACCACCUCGUUUGUUUUGUUUCAUGUUUUUUGUUGUGUCGUUGGCCCAGUUUUGUUGUCAACAUCAGCCUAAAUGUCACACUGUGAUCUAAUUAGAUAUAAUACUAUCGAUCACGAUGCAUUUGACUCAUGCCUCGUGAGCUUAAAUGUGCAUUUCAAUGGACGAAUCAACGCUUCAUUUCUCGCCAAGUCGAGAAAAGUCCAUCCGUACGACGAGGGGUGAUGAAAAAGUCUGUGGCCUGACAUAAAAGUUCGUAUAGGAGUGUUCGUACAAGAGUGUGAACACGUUCCCGAAUGCCGUAGCAGUAGACUACCGAUGUCGAUUAAACAGACGGUUGGACCAUUGGAACCUCCUUUGCCAGUAGCAAAAUAUGAUAAUUGUUUUUUUACCCUUUUAUCUGGCAACAAAACUGCAUUCCGACUGCAGGUAUUGUGGUCAAUGCAAACAUGACUCCUUGUAAAAAAGGUGUCAGUUUUGUUGCCAGAUAGAAGGGUAAAAAACAAUUAUCAGACGUUUGGAAUCACGUUUAUUAUUGCGAUGUUAAGUUCAUGAAAAAUUAAGGCGUGAAAAGUAAAUCGAAAUAAAUACGGAGAAAAUUUAGUAGAGCGGGCAAACAACAUGUAUUGUAUUCACAGGAGCUGGCUCUGGUUGAUUUUCACCGGUCUGAACCGCUAGAGAAUCACUAAAAAGAUUAUAUAUUACGUAGUGAUAGUGAUGGGGUGCUUUGAGGUGCCAGGCAAAGUGAUCUUCCGGUUGUAACUUUGAUUGGAGCGAGUGUACUGCACUUCUCUGCGGACUACGUAGAAAAAUAACAGCCUCAUCAAGGUCACCCAUUACGUGAUAUGUCAGGCAGUGGACUUUUCGGUCACCCCUUUGUAAGUUAACGUGAAUCCGAACCCGCUCGAGACGUGAUCAAUGUUCACAUUUAUCGUGAUGGUGUCCUUGUUAGAAUGCUUGGCACACACACACCUUGGCUAUUGGAAGUAUGGCAAGCAGAAAUGAUUUGAUUGAUUCUAGAUUUGAAGCUUUCGUGACUGCAAGGAUUCAUAUUCUUUGUUUUUUUUCGGGAAAGUCACGUAGGUACCACAACCACAACCAUGAUGUGGUUGUCCCCACCUGAUGACGGACGCUUGUGUUGCGCCCGAAACGUCGUGAUUUAUUUUAGUUGUUUUCAUUUAUUUUAUUAGAUUUUUUACCUACGUAACUUUACCGAAAAAAAACAAAGAAAAUUAUUUGAUUGCUAUGAUUUAUGGUGGUAAUUUAUUAUUGUGUCGGUUUAUACUGUCUCGUUGUGUUCUUUUUUUGUUUAGUUCACUCCGUUAGCCUGAAUAUAACAUCACCACACAAUUUAUAUUUAAAAUGCACGCAUGCCAAUCAAUCUUUUCUCAUACGCACGAUUCGUGACAUGUAUCGUGAGUGCAAGAAUCUAUGGAGCGUUGCGUCGUUGGAUGCGCAAUAACAGUAGCACAGCUCAGAGGUGAACAUGUUGAAAUCGCAAUUCAAGGGCUGCCUUGGCAGUGACAUAAAAGCGCACACUGGAAAUACUUUACCACGAUCGUGAAGUGCUCAAGUACUUUAAGUCUGAAAAAAAAUGUACCUCGAUAUGGAUGUCUCAAUACGAGUGAAGUUUCUUGCUUUUAGAAUUCAGCUGCGACCAUUCAAUUGGAAAAGUGGUCAGUCUCGCUUCGCUUGGGCGUCCAGAAUCACACACGCACGCGCGCGCGCCUCUUUUUCACCACUUCAUCUGAGCUGCGCCAGUAUCGGGGCCCUCGUGGUACGCACGGGUGAUGUUCCACUGGCUAUUUGCUGAGCCGAGCCACAACCAAACUAGAUUUGAAGUUUUCGUGACUGCAGGGAUCCAUACUCUUUGGUUCUUUCGGUAAAGUCACGUGUCUUUACCGAAAGAACCAAUGAGUAUGCAUAACCAAACUGUGAAACCCUGGCCUCGCAACACGUCCAAACCUGACUUGAGGUCAACUAGAGACAGGGGCGAUUUUAAUGAUGUUCGUGACAUCGGUGGCAGGGGUCGGGUUCUGCAGUAGAAAAAUACAACUAAUUGAUGCCACCUAUGGGCUGGCUUGGCACGGGCCCUGCCAUGGCUCGGUUGUGCAGUGGAAAAGAGCCGACAGUCGUUCGCAUUUGUGUGUGGUGAUGUGGACUUUAAACUUAAACCCUGCAACUGUCGUUCGCAGCAUAGCGCUUUCAGUAGCAUAAACGCCGUCUGCAGUGUCGAGUCUAAGCGCCAGGCAUCUUGGCUCGUGUUUGAUGCCAUUAAAAAAUCGUCACGGCCGCGCAAACCAUUUAUGCAUCCCGCAAACAAAUUAAACUACCUUUUCAAAAUGCUGUACUUUUGACUGUGAACUUUGGGUUUGUACAUUAAAUUUGAACUGCAAAAAAAUAUUUAACAAAAAAUCUGAAAUAUGAUUAAUAUACAUUAUGUACAGCUGCGAGUAGUCAGUAUGUUUUGAGAAUAAAACAUUUGCGGUAAGUUUCACCAGUAUAUCGUUGAGAUGCUUUAAACCACAUUUUUGUGUACGUACAUAAUAUGACACAACAUUGUUAUAUAUUAUUGGUGGCUAUUGAAAUUAAAAGGAGUCAGUGCAUACGUAUACUGUAGUGCAUAUUGAGUUUUCAAAGCCUUUGGACGACUAAUGUGAUACGGUACAGACAAGCGCGUGCGUUUGCAGCAGAUGCACGCACACAAUCAGCGUCCAUCUCACAACUGUGGUCAUUAUAUUUUCUGCAAAGGAUCCUUAGUUUGCGAAUAGAUUUAGAAAAAAAUAUAUACGACAGCUUGAAACAUCUUCGUCAUUUAUGGACUUAUACAGGCACGUUGUUGUGUUCAGUGUUUUGAGCUUUCGGUGUUUAAACAAAAAAAAGUAUUCGCAGUUUUGAUAUUAUUAGUAUUCAUGACCGUGGGAUGUGUGGUAGACUGCAAAAUGUGUUCUCGAUGGCUCAGUUACAGGGGCGGCCAAACCCGUGGCUUUCGCGAGCCGCAUCCGACACCCUGCCAAAGAAUGAUUGAGCCACGCGCAGCUUGUCUGCAACUUUUCGACAUGCAGUUAUCCAGUGAGCGAACGUGGGGGGUGGGGGUGGCCCGAGACACUAUGGAAACAGACACGAGUACUUAACGCAAAUGUCUAAAUUAAAACAAACUCCAAGGCCAAACGGCGCGAGCGAACGAGCGAAUCUUCCGACCGCAACCGCUCCACCAAUCCCACCCCCCGGGUGUUACCGUCUUGUGGCGUCUGGGGCGAAUGGGACGAUUGCGGUACGCGGUCUGCAAAGGUCAGAACAUUUGGCCACCCCUGGCUCUGUCAUUUGGUUGCACCGAAACUGUGUCCGCAAGUGGUCAAAAAACAGCUGCUGCGUUAUCGCCGCUUCGAAAUCCAUCGACGCCUGUGUAAAUGUACGCGAGUUUGCUUGGGGAAUCGGAUGAAUGUCAUGGAACGUAUUUUUAAUCCUGCAUUUGUACUGCUGCUACUCUGACACACGUCACGUGAUCCCGCACGCCGUUGCCUCGGGGGUCGCCACACGGUGGAACUUGUGGCAGUGAAGGGAACGAGUUGUGGUUUUGCUGCAGUGUAACAAAAACAAGUGUGUACGUGUGUGCUUUUGUUUAAAGAACAGCAAAUAUCACAGAUAACACAGUGCAGCGGAACUACAUGGCUGGCGAGAAUGUAACAAACAACAACUCACGUAAGAAAUAGCCGUUUGCACAAUUAAUGUCCCCGCAGUGCAGAGAACAUAAAUAUUGUUGAAGACGCUGACAGAUGUAUGGCGUUGAUCGUGUUGUGAAGAUUUAACAGACACACACAUUGCUCGUCUAAUCUCCGACAGUGGUGUUCCAAUAUUUGAAGACUCUAUGUCAAAUGUAAGAAGUGCAAUUGUUUGCAGCAGGAACCUCAUAAGGCAAAAAGCAUGUCCAGGUGCUGGCAUGCCCGCAAGGUGCUGAAUCUAAACCAACAUUUAGCCUGACAAGUUUAAGUGGGGCGAGAAAGAAGCAAAUCGGUGUGUGCGCUCGUUGAGGGAGUACAAUGGAGCACACACACACGAACGAUGGGAUACUACGAGGCCUCGGAGUUGCUCAUGCUCAUAUUGGUUCUCGUCUGAACUGCUCUCCGAUGCUUUUGUCAGGAGCAGCGGAACGUGGCGAUGGACGCACGCGAAUUGAUUCUGCCACCAGGUGUAACCAAAUGCCCAGCGGGGUUGUCCAAAACCAACUUUUUGGAUGAAUUUGAAUAAAAUUUCACCUGGCGAGGGGGAACUUCUCAUUCAGUUUACAUUUACAAUGGUUUACAUGCAAGGGCCGGUGGAAACGGAAUGUAAUUUGUGAUUGGAGAGGUGGAAACUACUGUCGGGUCCUUUUUUGUGUGAAAACUCCUCACAUUUGGAUGGCAAGUGCAGUUCAGUUAGCCGUGGGUGCAGAGGUUUUGUUGUGGUACAAAAGCUUUGCAGAUAACUUUGGCGCUUCACGUGCAGUGUUACUGUGGGUAGGAAGAUAUGGCCAUUCGAUUGCUGCAGUGUAAGAAGCCAGCGCCAUCAAAACCAUUUUGCCUUUUCGUUACCGUGGCACAACUUUGCUUUGCGCUUAUAGAUCCACCUCUUUGAAGCCCCGCUCACGUUAACGUUAAUGGGUCACUUGGCUCCAAGUGUAAGGCAAAACAUUUUGAAAAUGGAAAAAAUAAAACAAUUAUUAUUUGCACCCAACGUUUUCAAUAUCAGUUGUUUAGCAAAAAUACAAGGACGUUUGUUAGCAACAAUCUUUGUUUCAGUGUAUCUGUGUGUGUGUUGGCAGUCAAACUAAUAAUGGCCACAAUUCUGAUAUGAAUAAAUCCUGACACAAAAUACGGAUAUUACUAUGAAUUCAAGGUAAUUUUUCUUUCAAGCAGUGUACAUUUACAAUGAUUUGUAAUUGCUGAAUAAAACCAGUUGGAUAAAAUGUCAAGAUCUUUCCUCUACCACUGACAGUUAAAUAGUAAUGUUUUCCUAUAUUAUUAAUACGAGCAUAAUCUGAAUCUAGUUCGUUGUCUAAUACUACCUUGUAUUUUUGCUUUCUAAAACUACAGUUAUGUUCUAAAAUGAACAUUCAAUACAACUCUUAAAAAUGCCUCAUUGGACAUAGCUAUCCACAAUUUAAACAGCUUUGAAAAUAGCUACACUUGGAAUGCUUGGAGUGCGCAUUAUAGUCUGGUCAUUUGAGUUAAUUAGUGACUAUGCAGUACUUGCAUUGUAGCUAGGUCUGUGUAGUUUGCUGUAAAGUGGCGUGACCGUGUCUCUCUAUUGUACUAUUAUACUGUAUUGAAGCCUUCAAACGCUACGCGUGACAUACAUAUGUGCCUACUGUGUUUCAACUCAUCAUGCACUCGGGUUCGUCUUUGAAUAAAUGUUUCAAUGGGAA